UAGCAUGCGCGUCGACGCAAGCCACACGCGCUCUUACAAAAUGGCGCGGUCCUUUAUUUAUAUACACUUUCUAACGUUUAUGGCGAUGUCAAUGGCACAGGAUUACUACACUCCUAGGAUAGGAGCACAGAAACUAGCUUCGUGUUAUAACAGCGAAAGACAGCCUCAAAGAUGUAUACCGGAGUUUGAAAACGCCGCAUACUUAGUUCAAAUGGAAGCAACGAACACAUGUGGUGAUAACGGUGAAAAGGUAUACUGUAUUCAGACUUCGGCCGGGACAUCCUCUAGGUCCUGCGACACUUGUCAGCCUGGACAAUUCUCGAGUGAAUAUUUAACUGACUUACAUUAUGAACAAGACAACCUUACGUGGUGGCAAUCAGAAACUAUGAAAGAAGGAAUAAAAUAUCCCAAUCGAGUCAAUUUGACUUUACAUUUGGGGAAAGCUUACGACAUAACCUAUGUCAGAAUUGUAUUCUAUUCUCCGCGACCACAAAGUUUUGCUAUUUACAAAAAAUACAGUGAAGAUUCUGAUUGGGAACCGUUUCAAUAUUUUAGUGCUUCAUGUCGUGAUACAUACGGCGUGACAGAACAAAAAGCUGCCGAGUUGGGUGCAGAAACACGAGCGCUCUGUACCAGUGAAUAUUCUGACAUUUCUCCUCUUUCCGGGGGUAAUGUGCUCUUUUCGACGCUCGAGGGUAGACCUUCGGCAUAUACUUUCGAUAACAGUCAGGAACUACAGGAAUGGGUGACAGCGACAGAUAUUCGUAUUUCGCUCGAUCGUCUCAAUACGUUUGGGGAUGAAAUAUUCGGUGACACUCAAGUCCUACAAUCUUACUGGUACGCUAUAGCAGAUGUUGCGGUUGGAGCUCGUUGUAAAUGUAAUGGGCACGCUUCAGCUUGUGUCUUACAAGAGCUACCAGAUGGUUCGAAAGCAAGAUUUUGCAGAUGCGAACAUAAUACUGCUGGUCGUGACUGUGAAAAGUGUUUAGAUUUCUACAACGAUGCGCCUUGGGGACGAGCCUCACCAACCAAUGUCCACGAAUGCAAGGCUUGUAAUUGCAACGGUUUUUCGAACAAAUGCUUCUUUGAUAAGGACCUAUAUGAACGCACAGGCCAUGGUGGCCACUGUAUUGAUUGUGCUGAAAAUAGAGAUGGUGCUAACUGUGAACGAUGCAAAGAAAACUUUUAUCAAGGAACAGAAGACAUUUGCUUGCCAUGCAACUGUAACCCGACAGGUUCAAGAAGCCUCCAAUGCAAUGCAAAAGGAAAAUGUCAAUGUAAGCCUGGCGUUACGGGUGAUAAAUGUGAUACAUGCUCUCCCAAUCACUACGAGUUCACAAACCAAGGGUGCAAACCAUGCGGAUGUAAUGAAUCUGGUUCUUAUGGAAACAAUCCCCAUUGUGACUCUUCCACUGGAAUAUGCUUGUGCAAACAAAAUGUUGAAGGAAAACAAUGCAGAGAAUGUAAGCCUGGUUUCUUCAAUUUAGAUCUAGAAAAUGAAUUUGGAUGCACGCCGUGCUUUUGUUUCGGACAUUCGUCCCAGUGUAGUUCAGCUCCAAAGUAUCAGGCACACGAACUGAGUGCACACUUCAUAAGAGACGCAGAAAAAUGGUCAGCUGAAACUAAUGAACGGCAACCAGCCACCUUACAGUUUAAUGCUAAUACACAAAAUAUAGCCGUUACAUCAAAGGGUUCCGAACUGGUGUAUUUUGUGGCUUCAAAUCAAUUUCUGGGAGAUCAAAGACCUUCAUACAAUCACGACUUAAAGUUCACACUACGCUUAGCUGAGAGUAGAGGCUAUCCGUCGUCUCAAGAUAUUGUUCUAGAAGGUGCACAUAGUUCAGUAUCAGUUAAUAUUUACGCCCAGAAUAAUCCAGAACCUUCAGACCAGGAAAAAGAAUAUAAAUUUAGACUUCAUGAAGACCCCAAAUACGGAUGGACGCCUACACUUUCCAAUUUUGAAUAUAUGUCGAUACUUCAAAAUUUGACAGCAAUUAAAAUAAGAGGAACAUACAAUAAGGGCGGUCACGGCUACCUUAUGAGUUUCAAACUAGACACAGCCAAAAUUGGACGAGAGAAGGGUUCCGCUGCGGCUAGCUGGGUUGAGAAGUGUACUUGUCCAAAAGCAUACGUCGGGGAUUAUUGUGAGGAAUGUGCCCCUGGUUACAAACAUGAACCAGCUAAUGGUGGCCCAUACUCCACUUGUAUACCUUGCGAAUGUAAUGGACAUGCUCAUAUAUGUGAUACAGCUACUGGUUUUUGUAUUUGUAAGCACAACACGACUGGUAGUAACUGUGAACUUUGUGCCAAGGGUUUCUAUGGAAAUGCUAUCGCUGGAACACCUGAAGACUGCAAACCAUGUCCCUGUCCAAAAGACAGUGGCUGUAUUCAAUUAAUGGAUCAAAGUAUUGUUUGUACGGAUUGCCCCGUCGGAUAUGCAGGGCCAAGAUGUCAAGUUUGUGCUGAUGGACAUUUUGGUGAUCCAACUGGCCAAUUUGGACCCAAAAAGGAUUGUGAUGAGUGCCAAUGCAAUGGCAAUGUAGACCCCAAUGCAGUUGGUAACUGCAACAGAACUACCGGAGAAUGUCUAAAAUGUAUCUACAAUACGGCUGGAGAACACUGCGAUAAAUGUCUAGCUGGUUACUAUGGAGAUGCCUUAGAUCAAACGAAAAAGGGAGAUUGUAAGCCGUGUGAGUGUCAUGAAGCAGGAACAAUUGAGGGCCCAGAGGGUCAACCUCUGUGCGAUGGACUGAUCGGAUUCUGUUCUUGUAGACCUCAUGUCAUUGGCAAAAAUUGUGAUAAAUGUGAAGAUGGAUACUACAACAUUAAUUCUGGAGAAGGAUGUAAAGCUUGCGACUGUAACAUGGAGGGGUCUUUUAAUACAUCAUGUAACCCCACCACUGGACAAUGUUACUGUAAACCUGGAAUAAAUGGUAUACACUGUGACAGGUGUAUGGAAUAUCAUUACGGUUUCUCUACCCAAGGUUGCCACGAUUGUGACUGCGACGAGUGGGGUUCUACUAACUACCAGUGUGAUAAGUUUGGUCAAUGUUCUUGUCAAGAAAACGUAGAAGGACGUAGAUGUGACAGAUGUAUGGAAAAUAAGCGACGUCGAGCUGAUGGGCAGGGUUGUGAAGAUUGCCCUCCAUGCUAUAAUCUGGUACAAGAGGCUGUUGACCAACAUAGAAAAGAAUUGAAGGAGUUGGAUAAUAUACUGGCCAAAAUUUCAAAGUCACCGACAGUUGUUGAAAAUGCCGAUUUUGAUGAUGAACUGCAACGAAUAAGAAGUGAAAUCGAUCGACUUGCUCUAGAAGCUCAGACAGAACUAGGAAAUGGAUCAGGAAAAAAUCUAACAAAAAAUUUGGAAGAUCUUGCAGAUCGGCUAUUUGAUAUACGAAAUAUGCUGCAUAAGAUUGAAGAUGAAAGCUAUGAAGGUAAUGAAUCUGUGGAAAGAAGUAAAGGUAAUGUAUCAAAAGCUGAAGAUACUAUAGAGGCAGCACAAAAAGAGAUUAGUAGUGCAUUUGAAUAUCUUGAUGGAGAAGGUGCAGCGGCACUUGCUAAUGCGAGAAACAGAUCAGAUCAAUUUGGUAAACAAUCAGUGGACAUGUCAGCUUUAGCAAAAGAAUCCCGUUUAUUAGCAGAAAAAUUAGAAAAUGAAGCGAAGAAUAUAAGAAAUAUUGCAGAAAAAGCUUUCAAUACUUCAAUAGCUGCCUACGAUAUUGCUAAAGAAGGUAUUACCAAGCAAGCGAGUAUAAGUACUGAAGUGCAAAUGUUAGCGAAUGAACUUAACGCAGCCGCAGGUAAAUUAAGCAGUAUGUCAGAAUUAGCAGAUCAAGCGUUGAAGAGAGCCAAAAAUGUUUAUGAAGAAGCUUUAGGUCUCUAUGCAGAGGUUAAUACUACAUUGUUGCCUGAUAUUAAACUAAAUAAACUACAACGUGACUCACUUGAGAUGAAUAAAACUAUAGAUGAAAAGUCGGCAGAGCUGGAACAACUUAUUUUGAAUAAUGAAAAAAUGCUAGAAUCUAUUGAUAAUCAAAUUACCCGAGGAAAUGACCUUCUUAGUCAGGGUCGAUUUAGACAAGAUGAUUUAAAUGAGCUUCUGGCUGCGUUAGACGUGUUACAAGAACAAGCAAGGAAUGAUGUUGAACUUACAAAAGCAACAUUAAAAGAUGCGAAUGAAAUUUAUCAAACAUUAAAGGAAUUUAGUGAUCAAGUGACGGAAUCUAGACAACUUGCUGAACAAGCAGCUUUAGAUGUACCAGGAGUACAAAAGAAAGUCGCUAAUGCUGAAGAAAACAUUUCCAGUAUUAUAGAAGAGUUAAAUGUAGCAAGUGAUAAAGCUAAAGAAGCUAGAGAUCUUGCGCAGCAGGCACAAAAGGAAUACGCUGAUAAGGCCUCUGAGGCAGCCCACGACAUAAGAAAAAAGGCAUCAUCGUCGAGAACAGAAGCCGGAAAACUAAGAGACGAAGCAGAAAAGUUGUCAACAAGGGUAAAAGGAACAGCAACACAAAUAGAAGAGUUGGAGAAGCAGGCGGAAGAAAACAUGCAAUUAACACGUGACGCAAAAAUGAAGGUUGGUCAAGCUAAUACAGAUGCAAGGGAGGCUGAAAAACAAGUAACAAAGGGUUUGGAGGAUUUAAAAAUUAUUGUAGAAGAGUUGCAAAACCUACCAACGCUAGACGAUCAAGCUCUGGAUAGAUUACAGGAGAGCCUAGAUCAAGCUGAGAAGGCCCUACAAGAGGAAAAUUUAGAUGGAAAAAUAAAGCUCUUAACGGAAGCCAAGAACAAUCACCAAAGAUGGAUUAAGAAGUAUCAAGACGAACAUGAUCAUCUACGUACUGAAGUUGACAACAUUCAGGAUAUUCUGAAACAACUACCUGAUGGAUGUUUUAAAAGAAUAGUUCUGGAACCAACGGAAGGGCCAAGUAGACCAAUUAACAUCAGUUAAAUUUAAUUGUCACCUAUGAAUAAUAUAUAUUAUAGUCGAAAUGCCAUAGAGAAGUAACUUAUUGCGUUAUACAACUUUGCUUUCAAGAAUGAAAUGUUUGGUGAUAGAGCUAUAACUACGGGCAUAAAUUAUACAAUAGUAACAAAAAGUAUUUUUAGCGGAAUUAUUGUGCAAACAGAAAAACCAAAUACCAAGACGUGUCUUGUUAAGUACAUUGAUAUUUUACACUAUGAUAUGCUUGUUCGAUGUUUGAAUACCCACUUAGUCGUAAGUUAGAGUAGUUUCGACAGUAACCGUGUGACUUAUAAGUGUGCCUUUUACCGAAUAUAUAAUAUUUUUAUUAUCCAAUUAAGUACUUAAGUGUGUAUUGAUUAAUAAGAGAUAAUGAAGUAAGUCGUAUUUGAAUUUUCAAUGCCAAUUUAGAAUUUUAGCUGAAUAGUUUGCGGUGACAAUAUUUAAUGUUCUUAAUAGUUUGAAUGCCUAUGGAGAUAGUAAUGUGUAGCUUUGCUAGCUGUGAAUAUAUUUAUUAUUAAUCCGUAAAACCAUUUUUUUUGUCUAAACCUGGAAAUUAAUAGUUUCCCAUACAAUACUGUACUUGGUAUAUAAUAGUAUCAUCAUCAUCAGCCGGAAGACGUCCACUGCUAGACAAAGGCCUCCCCCAAGGAUUUCUACGACGAUCGGCCCAGCCCUUCCCUCAUCCGACGUAUUCCGGCGAUCUUGACCAGAUCGUCGGUCCAUCUUGUGGGGGGCCUACCAACACUGCGUCUUCCGGUACGUGGUCGCCAUUCGAGGACUUAGCUGCCCCAACGGCCAUCUGUCCGUCGAACUAUGUGCCCUGCCCACUGCCACUUCAGUUUCGCAAUCGUUUGGACUAUGUCGGUAACUUUGGUUCUCCUACUAUAAUAGUAUACUAGACUAUUAUUAGAUACUUUAAAAUUCAUAAAAUAGAAAGCUACAUUUAAAAAGAAAUAAUAUUUAAAAGUUAAUUAAGAGUAUACAAAACUUUUUGUUUUCCAUAUAGGUACUCAGUAUGUCCACUAGUGGAUUACGUGGAUUUUUGGAUGAAUAAUACAUUCGUUAUCUCUUUAGCCCUUCUUAUAUACCUAAAUUACAAAACCUUUUUAAUGGGCCAAUUUAUGGUAUUAUUAAUUUCAAAUAUUUUUAUAAUGUCUUUUCUUGAAGUAUCUAUCUAGCGCCUGCCUACGUAACCUUCUUUGGUAUAAAAAAAAUUAAAUUCGAUUUUAAUAUAACGGUGAAGUAACUUGACAAAACUUGACAAUCAAAAAUCUUACAUUUAUUUUAAGAGGAUCAUUAUGAAUUUUGCAACGAUGUUUUAUUUUACGAUCAGGAUGUAUUAUUAAGAUGUGUACUUGCUACUUAGAUAUUUGUCUAGUUGUGUAGUUUAAUUUUGGCAUUUAUCUGCAUUUUCGUAUAUCUAACAGUUAGAGGCUAUACCUUUAAUUGGUAACAAUAUUUACCUACUUCAAUUUCCGUUGUGCCAUAUUAUCCAGUUAAUGGUACAUUUUGUAAAUAUUUUUAUAUAGAAUAUUAUUAAUGUUUAUCUUUUAGUCUGUUUGAAUGAAUAACAGUUUAUAAUAAGUCUUGCCAAUAUAUAAAAUCUUCUUACAUCAACACUUCCACUAUCUUCAAAUUUCGCCAAAGAAAUUGAUAAAAAAAUAUUUCUAGAUAUUAUUUAUUUGUAAUAAAUAUAACAUGAGA